CCUACUUAUACUCAGGUGCGCCGCACCUGUCCGUCCGCACCUGCCGGCUCGCCUCCUCUUCCGUGCACCGCAGCUUCAGGCCGAUAGCCCGGGAUCUUAUCCUGGGCUUGCCCGCACUCAGGGCCGCGCCCAUACGGCCCCUACACCUUUUGUUUGCGCAGGGUCGCCCGGAGCGCCGAGGGGGACCGCCCGGCCUCGGGGAUCGCCGUGUGCGGAGCCGCUGCUCCGGGAGAGACCAGCGCUCUACCGGAGGCGUCGAUUUGCCUUUACUCCGAGGACAAGAAGAUAAACGCCUCUUUUGUCUCUUUGGGCGGCUGAAAACUCCACCUGGCUUGUUUCUUGUGGGGCUGCCCCCACCCUCAAGUUUUAUUUGCUUCACUGUAGGGUCCCCCGCCCGGGGCUCCCAGUCUCUUUCCGAAGGCGGAAAUGGCCAAUUCGGGCCUGCAGUUGCUCGGCUUUUCUAUGGCUCUUCUGGGAUGGGUGGCCCUGGUGGCGAGCACCGCCAUCCCGCAGUGGCAGAUGAGCUCGUACGCGGGCGACAACAUUAUCACGGCCCAGGCCAUGUACAAGGGGCUGUGGAUGGAGUGCGUCACGCAGAGCACCGGCAUGAUGAGCUGCAAAAUGUACGACUCUGUGCUCGCCCUGUCCGGGGCCUUGCAGGCCACUCGAGCCCUCAUGGUGGUAUCUCUGGUGCUGGGCUUCCUGGCCAUGUUUGUGGCCACGAUGGGCAUGAAGUGUACGCGCUGUGGGGGAGAUGACAAAGUGAAGAAGGCCCGCAUUGCCAUGUCUGGAGGCAUCGUCUUCAUCGUGGCAGGUCUUGCUGCCUUGAUAGCUUGUUCCUGGUAUGGUCAUCAGAUUGUCACAGACUUUUAUAACCCCCUGACCCCCAUGAAUGUUAAGUACGAGUUUGGUUCUGCCAUUUUUAUUGGCUGGGCAGGGUCUGCUCUGGUCCUCCUGGGAGGCGCGCUGCUCUCCUGCUCCUGCCCUGGCAGUGAGAACAAAUCUGCGUACCGUGCACCUCGCUCCUACCCCAAGUCCAACUCUGCCAAGGAGUACGUGUGAGCUGGGACCCCAUGCCCCAGCCUGACUGGCUGUGGGUGUGCCCAGAUACCUGCAAGGCCCAUGGGCAGAGCUCAACCUGUGAGCAGGUACAGGACAAGGCCUCCUGUUCAAUCUAUCCCUGCACACCAUGUACAGUUCUCUACGGGGCGGGGAAGGGGGGGCCAAACAGAGGGGAGGGUGUGCUUUUUGUACAGUAAUAAAAAAUAGGUUUUGGAAA